AUGGACAAGGAACUCGCCGUGACACGGACCGAUGCCGAUGCCGAUAUUCACACUCCCACGGCCAACGAGGCUUACUCCGAUGAUACCGAGACCGAGACCGAUAUCGACAUCGACACCGACAGUCACACCCUUGACCACCCCAAUUCGCUGGAAUUGUCGCGCAUAGAAACAUACCGGCUGCAGCAGAAGACAACGGUUGGGUCGACGAGGGGCCCCCAGCCGCGAGAGACAUGGCUGCCCAUGGGUGCCGGGAAGGAAUAUCCUCCUUUAUUGCCUGAUCCAGGGGUAUUUGUAGUAGAGUACGAUAGCGCAGGAGACCCAAUGCAUCCGUAUAAUUGGAGUUUGACUAGACGGUUCGUUCUCUGGACUUGGACUUGGCCGUGGCUGGGCCUGGCUAACGAGUUCUACAGGAUCCUGCUCGUAACCAUUCUGUCGUACAGCACAUUCGCCAACUCCUUCACAAGCGCCGUGUUCUCCGCCGCAAUUGGAGCCGUCAGUUCAGAGUUCCAUAUCAGUCGAGAAGCGGCAUCGCUCGGCGUGACACUCUUCGUACUCGGUUUCGCCGCAGGCCCUAUCGCCUGGGCACCCAUGUCCGAAGUCAUCGGCCGGCGCUGGCCAGUCUGCAUCGGCGCCUUCGGAUGCGGCGUCUUCACUAUCGCAUGCGCAACAGCCAAAGACGUGCAAACGAUCAUGCUCACCCGGUUCUUCGCCGGCCUAUUCGCAGCAGGUCCCUUAUCCGUCGUGCCCGCCGUCUUCGCGGACCUAUUCGCGCCCGCGCAGCGCGGAAUCGUCAUGUCGCUUUUCUGCAUGGCCGUCUUUAUCGGGCCCUUUGCUGCGCCGUUUGUCGGCGGGUUCGUUGCCAUGACGCUUGGAUGGCGGUGGAUCAUGUAUAUCUCGGCCAUUAUGGUGUUUCUCGGGUUCGUGCUGGUGGCGCUGUGGAUGGAGGAGACUUAUGCACCGGUGAUUCUGGUCCACAAGGCGGCUGUCCUGCGCCGGCAGACGCAUAACUGGGGUAUCCACGCGAAGCAGGAUGAGGUGGAGGUGGCAUUUGUUGAGCUCGUGCGGAAUAAUUUCAUGCGGCCGCUGCGUAUGCUCGUGACAGAGCCGAUUCUGCUGCUUGUCUCGCUUUAUAUCUCGUUUGUGUACGGGCUGAUGUAUGCCCUGCUUGGUGCGUACCCGGUUGUCUUCCAGGAGGUUUACGGUAUGAAUAUGGGUGUUGCCGGGCUGGCGUUCAUUGGGCUUAUUAUCGGUGAGCUGCUUGGGGGGGUAUACAUCCUUCUUUUGCAGAGCGGGUACGUACGCAAGCUCGAGGCGAAUGAUAACCAGCCCGUUCCGGAGUGGCGUCUGUCUCCGGCUAUUGUUGGAUCUGUGGCGUUUUCAUCUGGGCUUUUCUGGUUUGGGUGGUGUGGAUAUAGACCUGAUAUCCACUGGAUGGCACCGGUUGCGUCGGGGCUGUUGACGGGGUUCGGCAUCUUUUGUAUUUUCUUGCAGUGCUUCAACUAUAUCGUUGACUGCUAUCCUACACUAGCCGCGUCAACGAUCGCCGCAAACACAAUUCUCCGCUCGGGGGUAGGAUGCGCGUUUCCCCUGUUCUCUCGACAGAUGAUGGAGAACCUGGGAGUGCAGUGGGCCGGGACUUUGCUAGGGUGUAUCAGUGCAGCGAUGAUCCCGAUUCCUGUGCUGUUCCGGAUGUACGGGCCGUGGCUGCGGCGGAAGAGCACGCUGGCCUGUGCUUCGUAUACUAAAGGAACUAAAGGAGAGGUUUGA